AAAACUUUCACCAAACUUGGCUUGUUUCCCCUUCCCUCAUCAUUUGUCUCAGUGUGCAGAUUUUGAAGUAGCAGAGAGGAACAGAAAACAAGUGGUGCAGGGCAAGAAGCCAUUAGAAUAGGAAAUGAAUUUAGAUGAAUUAGUUUUGAGGAAUGUGAUGUCUGUUGAAGAAGCAGAGCUGGUACAUAACCCUUCCUCUUCAUCUCCUGCAGCGUCCACGGCUUCAUUGUUUCUUGGGAAAAGGAAUGAAGAUGUCGAGCCACGGCCUGAUCCAAUGGCCGAGGUUUCAGCCUCAGCAGAAGGGAUGGAUUGGAUGCAUUACCAACGAGCAUUGCUGAUUGAUUCCAAGUUGCCAGUUUCUCAAGCUGUUUACAAUCAUGCAAGUGUACCAGAUUUUGGUGUUUACAAUAUGCAGGCCAUGUCGAUUACAACGUCGGCCUCGUUGAACUCUGAUUUCCAGGAAGGUAAUUGUGGACGGAAACGAAGACAGUUGGAUGAUAUAAAGGAGAAGACUAUUGAAAGAAGGCAGAGGAGGAUGAUCAAGAACCGGGAGUCUGCUGCAAGGUCCAGAGCCAGGAAGCAGGCUUAUACAAAUCAGUUGGAGCAUGAAGUGUUAUGCUUGAGGAAAACAAAUAGUUGGCUGAGAAAGCAAGAGGAAGCAGAAAGACUAUUUUCUUCAAAUCCAAUUCCAAUGCCGAGAUACCAGCUGCGGCGCACGAGCUCGGCCUUCUUCUAGCUUCUGAUCUUUACAAGCAGACCUGUCUCUGUUCUCUCUCUCAAGUUUUUCCUAGCUAGAUUGUUAAUUUUGAAAACAUAGGAGCUUUAAUUUCUGUGUUUCAUGUAGAGGAAAUACUCAAAUAACAAAACUUCUUUGGUUAUGAUAACAAUGCAGUUGCUAUUCUACCUCUUUUGCCUUCUACGCUGUAAAAUUCCGGGCACCUCUCUUUUCCAUCAAGAAAUUUAUCACCGGUGAUAUCAGAUCCAGAUUAUUGAGGAUAUAACUACUUCCGAUAUGAAGUUGAGGUUUAUGGAGGAAGAAGGUGGAGUCCUUUAACACAAAUCAUGAAACAAACAAGUUCAUUCUAUUUAUUUUCACUAUACAAAGAAAUGUUACAUAAACAUAAUCUGACACAUUGAAUGGGAACUCGGCCUUGUAAGGGGAAUACAAAUGAAGCCUAAAAUACAUAAUACACUGGCUAUAAUACAUAAAUUCUAUAAUCAAAAGGAAAGACUGAGAAAGGAACAGAGGUAUCAAUGAAUUUAACAAACACGAACAAAAUUGGAAGCUUUGUGGAAGAAACUUUUUUUUUUCUUUUUUCUUUCUUCUGAAUAUGUGAAUAUUUUCCUCGCAAUCUUACAAAUCCAUUCAUCGUUGCUUCUUUCAGGGUUCUACUUGCAGUGUUUUGAUAAUGUUUUAUCUCCAGUUCAACUCCCAACCUCCAGCUUUGUCUGAUCACAGGUGAAUAAUGUCAAAAACCCAAGUAGACUAAGAGAAGCUUUAACUAGAUUAAGGCACUCCAGACAGCUCCAUUCCCUUCACCACACUUUUCAUGGACAUUCUUGAUCCUCUCCACAGAUUUGCAUAUUC